GACAGUGAGACUUGACCCUGCCUGAGCCAUGAGAGCCAACCUCACAGAGGGCAGCUUUUAUGCCAACCAGACUGUGCCGAUGCUAGAUUCUUCCCCAGUAGCUUGCACUGAAAUCGUGACUUUCACUGAAGCACUGGUGGCUGAGGAGUGGGGCUCCUUCUACUCAUCCUUUAAGACAGAACAGCUGAUAACCCUGUGGGUCCUGUUUGUCUUCACUAUUGUGGGAAACUCUGUUGUGCUGUUCUCCACAUGGAGAAGAAAAAGAAAGUCCAGAAUGACCUUCUUUGUGACUCAAUUGGCCAUCACAGACUCCUUCACAGGCCUCAUCAACAUCCUGACAGACAUUAUUUGGCGAUUCACAGGAGACUUCAUGGCCCCUGACUUGGUCUGCAGAGUCAUCCGCUACUUGCAGGUUGUCCUGCUCUAUGCCUCUACUUACGUCCUGGUGUCCCUCAGCAUAGACAGAUACCAUGCCAUUGUUUACCCCAUGAAGUUUCUUCAAGGAGAGAAGCAAGCCAAAGUCCUCAUCGGAGUAGCGUGGAGCCUCUCGUUCCUGUUCUCCAUCCCCACACUGAUCAUAUUUGGGAAAAGGACACUUUCCAAUGGUGAGGUGCAGUGCUGGGCACUAUGGCCAGAUGACUCAUACUGGACCCCGUACAUGACCAUCGUCGCCUUUCUGGUGUAUUUCAUCCCCUUGGCAAUUAUCAGUGUCAUCUAUGGCCUUGUGAUCCGAACUAUUUGGAUUAAAAGCAAAGCCCAUGAGACGGUGAUUUCCAACUGCUCAGAUGGAAAACUAUGCUGUAGCUACAACCGAGGGCUCAUCUCAAAGGCAAAAAUCAAGGCCAUCAAGUACAGCAUCGUCAUAAUCCUUGCUUUCAUCUGCUGCUGGAGCCCAUACUUCCUCUUUGACAUGUUAGACAACUUCAACCUCCUCCCAGACACCAAGGAGCGUUUCUAUGCCUCUGUGAUUAUCCAGAACCUGCCUGCCUUGAACAGUGCCAUCAACCCCCUCAUCUACUGCAUCUUCAGCAGCUCCAUCUGCUCCCCCUGCAAGAUGCAAAGACCACAGGAUUCCAGAAUGACAUACCGAGAGAGAAGCGAGAGGCAUGAGAUGCAGGUUCUCUCCAAGCCGGAAUUCAUCUAAACCCUGAGGCGAUAGUGCUAGGCUGAGCUCAGUCAGCUCUCCUGGAUCUUUACCACCAGUUAGUGUAUGUGCAUGAAUCCUGAGCCAGUUCCUCCUCCCGACUCCGAUAUCACCUAGCCAGCUUUCUAAUGAGGGCAUGUCACCUGCAAUUCAUGCACUAGCCAACAUGGUCUCAGCACAUCUUUGUGUCUACUUAAAGUGAUACUUUUCUUUUGCUAAUGUCUCCCAGCCCUUCUGCCCAUAGCCCAGCACCUGUACCCUCAGUGGCCCUGUGUCCUUGUGAACUGAUGACACAGGCAAGCAGAAAGAUAUUGGGGGGGGGGGUUACCCGUGAGUCGUCUAAUUACAAUUUUGAAAGUAAAUAUGAGACUUAAC